GGCCCUCCUGCUAGCACCUCGUCAUUAGCCAAUUGAAAGAUUGGCGCAACAGGAAUCGCCGACACCACCAGUUGCACUCAGAGUCCCGCGAAAGAACAUACCAGAAUAGUAAUAAUCCACGUUUGAAGCCCUUUUUAUAUUAUUAAAAUUACUUUAUUAUUUUGCAUUUGAUCACACAAAUGUUACUCAUGAAAGCGAAGGUCCUUUUGUGUUUUCUUAUAUUAUACUCGUUUUUGAUCUGUAGUUCGGACGCGAGACGCGGGCGCACCAGAAGUAGAACGAAAUCCAAGGUACAAAUUGGACUACCAAUUACCGGAAAGUACAGAGAUCCUGAAUCUGAUCAAUAUUACAACAACAAUGAUGGAGCUAAAAUUCUACUCGCUUCGCACUUUGACCUCGAGUACGUGCUCGGCCAUAAGAUUGCCUUUCUGUGUAUCGCCAAAGGAUCCCCUAGGCCUCACAUCACGUGGUUCAAAGAUGGUGUGGAAAUAUUUGCUCAUCAUUACCUACAUAUUCACGAGUGGCCUAUCGGUGACGACCGUGUGAAGUCGAAGAUCGAGAUCGACCCAGCAACUCAGAUGGACGCGGGCGUGUACGAGUGCACAGCUGACAACAUGUACUCCAUAGAUCGACGCUCCUUCAAGACAGACUUUUCCAUCGCCUUCGACUGACCUGGGCGGUUGCCAAUCCAACAAAGAGACUUUAUCCUAUUAUAUUUAAUUAUUUUUAUUAGUUUUUCAUGGAAUAUUUGUAAAAGUACCUAUUUUUUCGAGGAAUAGAACAUUUCGCGAAUCCUAAAUAACAGAGUUAGGCUUACAGACCCCAUUUAAAUUGUUAUAUUUAAAAUGUUUUUCGUUUAAUAAAUAUCUAUACUAUUUAUGUUUUUAACUAGA